CAUUAUCCAUCACCCGUUAAAACGAAAAAGUGUGUACGUAUUUAAUUUUUUGUGAUGUUCUUCUUAAACUGAGCGCUUUAGUACGUAGUGUUUUAUUUGUAGACCAUUGAAAAAUCGUUUGUCAGACAAAAUCAGCUACCCAUGCAUUCAUUACUGUCCCGGGGCAACUCGGUGCUGGCCUACACGCUGAGCGUACUCGUUACUCUGACGUUCGCAUGUUUUCUUUCCACCAUAUUGGUCGAUUACCGGACUGGUACUGAGAUGCAGACUCUCAAAAUUGAAGUGAAAAACUUACCGGAGUAUGGGGUAUCCAAAAAGAUCAAUGACUUGGGUCACAUAACAUUCAACCUUGAUACAGAUCUCACUAGCCUAUUCAAUUGGAAUGUUAAACAAUUGUUUGUUUACAUGACAGCAGAAUAUGAGACACCUACAAACACUUUGAAUCAAGUAAUUUUGUGGGACAAGAUUAUUUUGAGAGGAGAAAACUCCAACUUGCGCCUUAAAAAUAUGAGAACGAAAUAUUACUUUUGGGAUGAUGGUAAUGGUUUAAGAGGAAAUAAAAACGUGACUUUAACCCUGUCCUACAACAUCAUACCAAAUGUGGGGCGACUGCCAAUUGUGGGUGCCAUCGGAUCUCAUACAUUUAGUUUUCCUUCACAAUAUACACGAUGAUCACACAACAUUGUUCCUGAUUUGAAUAUAUGAAUAUAAUAUUAUGUUAUAUGUUAAUGUAUUAAUUAAUUAAUUAAUUGUUUUCUCUUCAAAAUUAUUUUAUGAUUAUCUAAAUUUAAGUCCAAAUGAUUGUGUUCAUGAUUUGUUUGUAUUUCCUAAAUUAUUAUAAUGACACAAUUAAUAAUGGCAUUUUAAUUAAAUAUUUUAAGAGUACUUUGAUAUAGCUAUCAAUGGUAAUGUUUUAAGUUUACGUAGAUGCCAAAAUCGUGUCUGGUUCUUUUUCUGCAGACAGAUCACUGGAUAUUUUCAAUAGUUUUCUAAGUGUCUGUAAAAAAAAAAUUAUAUAUAUAUAUAAUAUAUCCAACAAUUAAACCAAAAAAAUAUUAAAAUUAUAUGAAAUUGAGUUAAAUCGCAAUUUCCUAAAUAAUUUUUCAUAAUUAAUAUUAACAACAAGACAAUGUACAUAUUUUCAAGUAUUUAACUUUAUGUUAUACACAUAUUUUUCUGAAUGAUUGAAUUAUUAAAUUCAUUAAUUAAAAAA